AUGACACAGGACCCUCUUAAGAAGCAGCUCAACAGAAACAACCCUGACUGCAAAGCGCCCGAACAGAAGCGCGUGCGACUCAGUCCACCCAUGCUGCCCCAGGUGUCGAUCUCGCUUCCGCCACUGCCUCCGCUGAGGAGCUACAACGCGCACAAGCUGGCGGAGCUGCGGCGCAAGUAUUUGGGCGACAUCGGCAUGGUCGUCCAGGAGCUUAAGGCCGUGCUGACCUACGGGCCCGGGUCAGCCUGUCCCGACGCAUCCGUGACACCAUCAGUUGUGCUCAAGCUCGUGCGCACCGUCCAGACACUCGAGAAGCUGCAAGCGCUGCUACUAAUGAACCCAGAUCGACUGCGCCGAGUGUCGUUGGCUCAGCUGGAGAAUGUCGAACAGCAGAUCAAAUGGAACCUCCUCCCUCUCGCCACUUUACUGCGUAGCUUUGACAACGAGAAAAAAGGCAAAACUUGGCGAGCGACAUCCCCAAUUGGAAGCAACAAGAUCAAGGUGGAUCAGACUUGGAGCCAAUGUGACACGGAAUCUCCGCGCUCUUCGUCCGGAGUUUCUGUUGCAUCACAGCCCCAGCAUGAUUGGCGCUUCCUCUCGAUGGCGCUUAGCCUGCAGUUGUAG